AUGAACCCAGACCCGCCCCCACUCCCGCCCACGCCCUCGACCUCCUCCAAAUCCAUCCCGGCGAAACGAGCGGCGUCUGAGGCUGCGCUGGACGAGACGCAGGACGGGGGGGAGGGGAUCACCUGCGUGUGCGAGUACACGCACGACGACGGGUUCAGCAUCUCGUGCGACUCGUGCUCGCUGUGGUACCACGGCGCCUGCGUCAACGUCUCGUCCUCAAACUGCCCAAACGAGUGGCUCUGCCCGUCCUGCACAGGCCGCACAGUCAACGUCCAGCGCGCAAACGACAUCCAGCGCCAGGUACAGAAGAACUUGUCCCGCAAACGGCCCCCAUCACCGGUGCGGUCCAGGGCGAGGGCCAGCAUCCUGAACGGCAACAACGGGAAGCGAGGGCGGAGGACGAGCAAGGGCGGCGACGAGCACGUCAACGUCGACGAAUUAUAUGUUGCGAUCGUCAAGGACGAGGUCCAGGACGGAGACGCGCGGGAGCGGCUGAGGUCGCAGGCGCACUCCUGGCGCGGCCUCAGCGCACUCGAUCCCGUCCUCGUCGACAAGGAGCCCCCGCCGGCCAGCACUGCCGUCGGCCAGCUCCCCGGAUGGCCCACCGAGUUUGCCAUCAAGGCCCAGAGCAACAUCCCCUCGGAGCGAUUCAUCCAGCCUUUUCGGUCCACCAUCACCCCCUCCUCCGCUUAUCUCGCUGACCCCCUCAACGCCUACGCACAGCACGGCAUGCCUCGCCCUUUUGUUCACUUGAUAGGCCCGCCUCUGAACCUCGCCCUCGACGCCCGCGUCAACGGCAACAACGCAAGGUUCAUCAGGAGCGGCUGCCAUCCGAACGCUGUUCUUAGGCCCAUCAUUUGUCCUAGUGCAAAGGAAAAGGCCGGUCAGGAGGACGGCACGGACAUCAGCUUUGGCGUAUUCAGCUUGAAGGAUGUCAAGGCCGGCGAGGAGGUCGUCCUCGGCUGGGAGUGGGACGACGGAAACACGAUCCAUCAUCUACCAGCGUUGCUCAAGUCGCCCGACUUAUUUCCACCAGAACGCAUCGACCAGAUACGAUCCCAGCUCCGGGUCAUGCUCCACUCGCUCGGCCGUACAUUCACCUCCUGCGCCUGUGGGCACGCCGCCCCAGAUUGUGCCCUCGCCCUCGCAGACGCUUUUGUGAACGGCUCCCUCCCGAUCCCCACACCACAUAAACCCGAUCUUGGACCGCUGGUGGGCAAGCGCAGGAACUUUGCCGCGAGGGAGAAUGGACGGAUGGGUGCCGCCGAGGAGGUCGAGCUGCCGAGGGAAGAUAUGUUGCCGCCCAAGAUGCGCAAGCGGAGCGCGACGAUGCCUUCAUCCUCAUCAGCGCCGAUGGAGAACGAGCCUUCAGACGAAGAUCUCAUGCCGCCCCCUCCACCGCCCAAGCGCGCUACUGGCCGCCGCGUGUCGCCUAAUCAACCGAAUGCGAAGCCGACUUCGAGCAGGAAGAGGAUGAAGACGAGCAUGACGAUGCCCUCGCCCGAGCCUUAUAGCCCCUCUACGCCCUUCAGCCAUCUAUCGCUCGUCUCCCCUAUCGCUGCUCCCCCCGCCAUGGGAUGGCCGCCUCCAGCCGACGAGACGCCUGUUGACGAGGAGAUGCCCGCGUCGACCUCGACUGCAUCAGUGGGAAGAGCGAAGAAGGGCAAGGGCCGGGCGAAGAGGAAGGAGAAGGAGAAAGAAAAGGAGAAGGUGGAUGGAGAGGAAGAGAGUGUGCUCCCUGAUUCGCCCAUCAUGCGACGACCAUCGACGAAGAGCAGGAAGCGCAAGCGGCGCGCGUCGCCUGAGCCUCAGCCCGAAGUCGAAGUUGAGGAGCCGGUAACGCGCGAGGGAGAAGAGGGAGGGAUGGAGGUUGACAGGCCUGCGACUACACCGGAGGUUCAGGUCGACGUGGAGGAGACGCCCGCAUCUCCACCGCCCGAUGUGCUAGCAGGCGAAGAAGCGCCCGCCUCACCCGCUUCUGCGCCCGUCAGCCCGCAAGAUCGCAGCGAGGCUACUCCGCCCGUCGUCGAGACCACGGAUCCUACGCCCCCUCCACAAGAGGAACCGAUACCGCCGCCGCCUAAACCUCAGUCCAAGCCUAAACGACGCGUCCGCAUUCCUCAAGCCUUGCGUCGUGUACCUGCCUCGCCCGAGGCCACGCCCGAACCACAAUCCACCGUGUCGGGCGGGCGGGACGAGAGCGAACAACCGAGCAGCGCACUCACGAGUCCGCCGAAUGAACGGAUGGAAGACGUGAGCGCCGGGUUAAAGAUGAAGGAGGACGUGAAGGAGGUAGUCGAGGCGGUGGCUGAGGUUACCAAAGACGAGGAGAUGGUCGAGCCGCCCCAGGAGGUUGAAGAGAUCGUACGCUCGAGGAGCUCCUCGGUCCCUUUCCUCCCAACACCGCCCGAUAUGGACGCGAUGUCGCCCGCUUGGGAAGUCCGAGAGUCCACGCCCGCUCGACAAGACGCGCCGCCUCGAGAUCCAACGCCCGCUCCGCGCGAGCUCACCCCGCCGCCUAAAGAGCCCACCCCGCCUCCGCGAGAUCCGACGCCCCCGCCUCCGCCCAAGGUCAAGCUUUCGCUCAAGGAUUUCAAGCUGCGGAAGAUGCGCGAGAGGGAGGAGCAGGAGCAGGCGCGCGCUGCCGCCCCUCCCGAGCCGGAAGCGGACGUCGAGAUGGCGGCGGCACCGGCGGCGGCGGAUGUGGAGAUGGGCGAUGCGGUCCUUAAGAGCCCUGUUUUGGAGGGUCCUUCGGGCGACAGUGCUAAGGACGAGGGUAUGAGUGUGGACGUGAAGGCUGAGGCGCUUGAUGAUCUCGCGACGCGCGAGGAGGACACGACGAUGGAGACGGAUACGACUGCUGUGGACGAGACUUCGUUCUCGCCUGCAUCCGUAUCCGCCGCUGUACCGGCCAAACCCGCGUUCUACGUCCCGCCCCCGCCUGUAUGGUCGCGCCCGAGCUCGCCUGUCAAUGUGCCGACAAAGGUUGAGGUGAAAGCUGUCGAGGAGAAGCCAGCGGAGAAGCCGAAGGUUGUGGAGGAAGCCAAGGUAGAAGAGAAGCCGGAGGAGUCGAAGGUCGACAAUGCACCGGAGGAGCAGCCCAAGGUCGACAACAAGCCCGACAGCAGCUUGAACAGUUUCGCGUUCACGUUCCGCCCGCCGGAUGUCUCUCCGCCCAGCGCGCCCGCCGCCAUUCGCACACUGGCGUCCUCGCCCGGCGCAUCGACUUCAACCUCGACCUCCACAGUUGCGCAUCCACACAGCAACGGGUUCUCGCCGCCUGCUCCCUCGCGCUCGCCUACCCUUACUCCCCACUCGCCCGCCACGGCGACCUUCGGGCGGCCGAAGGACGUAUCGCCUCUGUACGGUCACGCUCAUUCCAAAGCUUCGUCGCCGGCAUGGUCUAAACCUGCAUCGCCCAUCCAGUCCAAGCCGAUCGCGCCGGCGUGGGCUAUGCGCGGCAAAGCAGCGUCGCCCUCUCCCGCUCCCACGGCCUCGUUGCUCGCGCGUAUAUCCUCGCCUCCGCCCUCGGCCCGCGAUCAGCCCUACAGCCGCUCCGUCUCCCCUGCAUUCUCAUCGUCGGACUCGUUCUCCCGUGCCCGGGGGCGCCAGGCGUUGCAAGCCGUACAGACGAACCAUCGCGCAUUGGCGACGGCGGUGUCGAGCAAGGAUCCUCCACCGCAUAAGGACCUGCCGCCGCACAUGUCGAACGCGAAUACGACGCCGUUGGCCCACGAGCGUCGGUUCGGCGCGGGACGCGCACCGUCGUCGACGCCUGCGGAAGAAGUUGAAGAUGGUGAAGUUCCCUCCGACAGCAUUCACGUUUCCACGUCAAUGUCCUCGUCUUCCCUUCCACCCACCCCUACACCGCACACGCCUCAUCAUGAGUCAACGAUGCCGAUGCCCCGCGCCCCGCCGACUCAACCUCGCGCGUUCCAGGCGCUCAGGGCCGGCGCGCCGCCGCCGAGCGGGCCGAGGGCGUUGAGGUUGGGGCUUGGAGGACUGCCGAGGGCGCCGCAGGCUGAGCGGGUGAGCGAUAGGGGGUGGGGGAGGAAUCGGGGGUCGGGGAGUUGGGGUGGGAGAGGUUGA